CAGUUACGCCAAUACCCGCACAGAUAUCCGGUACCGAAAUUUACGACCCGAUUGCCGAUCAAACGUAAUCGGCUGGACAUUACUAUAGACGCGGCUGAACUGAACGAGUGGUCAUACGGACAGUUCGCCACUAGUCGGACAUCCGAUGAAAAAUUUGCAAAAAUCGUCAACAUUUCGACGGUCUAUACGGCCUACUUGUACCCGAACUGUCGGUCACGGGUCAGAUACUAUCACGCAUUACAGCAUAUUAUCUAUUUGUUUAUUUUGGACGACAAUACUGAGGAACCGUGGGGUCUGUUGAAUACGGAUCAUAUGGACGAUUGUAGGCGUGUUUUCGCACAGAUGCCCUGUCUAUUGGCCGAUAUUAGCGCCGAUACUGACCACUGCCAACAACAACAGGACAAUACUACUACUACUCCUGUCAUCGAAGGCUUGGAACCAUAUGUUCGGCAAAUUAGGCCAACAUUUGCCGAUAUUUACAGCCGAUUCAGUGGUCAACAGUGGCAGAGGUUUGUCGACGCCUGGAUAGACUACGCGGACGGUAAUGUCGCCAGUAAUGCUGUAAUAGCCGAAAACGGACGGUUCGGUUCGUUGGACGAGUUUUGGCGGAUUCGCCGUCAAACUAUAGGCACAUUGAUUACAACAAUGAUUAUUAUGUAUACCGAUGCUGACGAUGACGAUGACAAUGACAACAACAAUCUGGAGCUACCUGAGCGCGAUUGGUUGGAUCCACGUAUGCAACAACUACUUGAGCUAACCAAAGACCAUAUGAUCUGUUCAAACGAUUUGUUUUCAUUUGAAAAAGAGUUAUUAGCUAUAAGUGCGGACAUGACUACUACUAUCAUUGACGGCACCGAUAGGGACAGACAUGCAUUGGCCCAGAUGUCCAACAUUGUGGCCAUGACUGCCAUUGAUAGGCAGUGUUCAAUCAGUGAGGCCCAGUUGAUUAUUGUUGAAUUGUUUGAUAAAUUGGACGGGAAAAUCAUUGAAUUGGUACGGGAUUGGGAACAAUGCAAUGGUGGCCAACCGUUAAGUCCAGGUGCCCGACAAUUCAUACGGGGUUUACUGUAUUUUUUAGGCGGUAUGUACCGGACCAAUACAAACAGCGAUCGAUAUCAUAGGCUAUACCACACUUAG